UUGGAAACACUGCAAAAGCACAAGUUAGUUUCAAAUCUCGAAGAACAAAUCACGAGAUGGAUAGGCUGAGGCAAAAUCAGAGAGUGGCUGAUGGAUCGCCGGAAUCCGGCGAAGGAGUUGUCGGAACUCAUCAGAAACCGGCGGUCUCCGAUGAUGAACAUGGAUGGAGAAAGUUUUUAACAUUCGUCGGGCCUGGAUUUAUGGUCUCGUUGGCUUACCUUGAUCCCGGCAAUCUUGAGACCGACCUCCAAGCAGGAGCUAAUCACAAGUAUGAGCUAUUGUGGGUGGUGUUGAUUGGUUUGGUCUUCGCUCUUAUAAUUCAGUCAUUAGCAGCUAAUCUCGGUGUUACCACGGGGAAGCACUUGUCGGAGAUUUGCAAAGCCGAGUACCCGAAAUUUGUGAAGUAUUGCUUGUGGUUUCUAGCAGAACUUGCAGUGAUAGCCGCCGAUAUACCCGAAGUGAUUGGAACAGCUUUCGCACUGAAUAUAUUGUUCCACGUCCCAGUGUGGUCAGGAGUCCUCUUGACUGGUUUAAGCACUCUUCUACUACUUGGCUUGCAAAGAUAUGGGGUGAGGAAACUGGAGAUGUUGAUAGCAAUAUUGGUGUUAGUAAUGGCCGCAUGCUUCUUUGGGGAGAUGGCUUACGUGAAGCCUCCGGCUAAGGAAGUUAUCAACGGAAUGUUCGUUCCCACUCUCAACGGCCAGGGAGCCGUCGCCGACGCCAUCGCCCUCCUCGGCGCUCUCAUCAUGCCGCAUAAUCUCUUCCUUCAUUCGGCUCUCGUGCUGUCUCGGAAAGUGCCAAAUUCCGUCGGCGGCAUCAAUAACGCAUGUAGAUUUUUUCUGAUAGAGAGUGCGUUGGCGUUAUUCGUGGCGUUCUUAAUCAACGUGGCCGUCGUCUCUGUGUCCGGCACCGUUUGCUCAGUCGAUAACCUCUCGCCGGAAAGUUCGAACCAAUGUAGCGAUCUCACCCUCAACUCUGCCUCCUUUCUUCUUCAGAAUGUUUUGGGGAAAUCUAGCUCCACGUUAUAUGCCAUUGCUUUGUUAGCCUCCGGACAGAGCAGUGCCAUCACCGGAACUUACGCCGGACAAUUCAUCAUGCAGGGUUUUUUGGAUCUCAAGAUGAAGAAAUGGAUUAGGAAUUUAGUGACGAGGUGUAUUGCAAUCAUACCAAGCCUUGUAGUGUCUGUGAUUGGUGGAUCUCAAGGAGCUGGGAGAUUAAUCGUUAUAGCUUCGAUGAUACUUUCGUUCGAACUUCCAUUCGCUCUAAUCCCGCUUCUCAAGUUCAGCAGUAGUUCCACCAAAAUGGGACCUCACAAGAACUCGAUCUUCAUCAUAAUCACCUCGUGGGUUCUGGGGUUUGGGAUAAUAGGAAUCAAUGUGUAUUACCUAAGCACCGGUUUCAUAGGAUGGUUAAUACACAACAGCCUCCCAAAAGUUGGGAACAUCUUCAUAGGAAUAACGGUCUUCCCUCUCAUGGGAGCAUAUGUCUUUGCCGUUAUAUAUCUCACGUUUCGGAAAGACACCGUCGCCACGUUCGUUGAUCCCAAUAAGAACUCUUUGGAGGCCCAAACCCAUUCAGAUAUUGAGCUUUCUAGGCCCAAUGGGCCGGGAUCCAUGAUCGUUUGAUGAUAAUUGUGCUGUCCAGGCCCAAUGGGCUUUUCUGUUUUCUCUCUUCCCAUCGGUGGGGUCCUUUUUCGGUUUGUAUUGAUCAAUAAGCAUUUACUGUUGAUGCCAAGACUUAAUAGUGUAACUAUUGUAACUUGAAUCAAUGCAUACUCUACUUAAUCAUA